AUGUCAGAGUCUGCUGCUAGUGGCCCGGGGCCCUAUGUCGAGGUUCAGAACCUGUCAUAUAAAUUCCCAGAUGACUCUGCGGGGCUACAAGACGUGCUGCUCAGCCUUCCCUCUGGAAGUCGGACCCUCUUGAUUGGCGCGAACGGAGCGGGGAAAACAACCCUGCUACGUCUGCUAUCAGGGAAACGCCUAGCCCCCACCAACACCAUUUCCGUGGGCGGCAAGGAUCCCUUCAAGGACCAUCUGGAGGGCGUGACCUAUCUUGGCGUGGAGUGGGUGCUGAACAGCAUCGUCCGUACGGACAUCGAUGUGCCCACCCUCUUAGCGUCUAUCGGUGGCGACGCAUACCCAGAGCGGCGGGAUGAGCUCGUCGAGAUUCUUGAUAUUGAUCUUCGCUGGCGCAUGCACGCCGUGUCAGAUGGAGAGCGCCGUCGUGUUCAGCUCGCGAUGGGUCUCCUCCGGCCGUGGACCGUGCUCCUGCUCGAUGAGAUCACGGUCGAUCUCGACCUGCUCUCCCGAAGCAAUUUCCUUGCCUUCUUGAAGCGCGAGACCGAGUCUCGGCCUUGCACGAUCAUCUAUGCCACCCAUAUUCUGGACAACUUAGCGCAAUGGCCGACCCAUCUCGUCCACAUGCACCUGGGCAAGGUCAAAACUUGGGGGCCGGUGGAGCAGUUCUACGGCGAGUCAACCCAGUGGACGUCUGAGAAUAGCCGCUUGGGCGAACUGGUUCUCAAAUGGCUGAAGGAAGAUCUCGCAGCUCGGGGUCCCCGCAAUGGACGCGGGAACCAGGGAAAAACCUAUGCGUCCGAGGGCAUUGGGGGCUAUGGAUACGAGAAGCCACCUCAGUAG